CGAUGAAUGCGCGAGUUUUCCUUGUCAAAAUGGUGGAACAUGUGUUGACAUGCUUAAUGGAUAUUCGUGCAAUUGUUCAGAAGGAACUGGCGGAUUAAACUGUGAGCAAGAUAUUGAUGAAUGUGCAAGUUUCCCUUGUCAAAAUGGUGGAACGUGUGUUGACCUACUUAAUGGAUAUUCGUGCAACUGUUCAGAAGGGACUGUUGGAUUAAACUGCUAUCAAGGUUUUUUGGAUUGUAAAGACAUUGCUGAUAGCGUAACCUCGGCAACUAGUGGGAUAUAUGAAAUACUACUUUGGCAGUCUGCUAAAACAUUGACUGUAUACUGUGACAUGGUAACAGAUGGCGGGAGAUGGACGGUGUUCCAAAACAGAUUUGAUGGGUCUGUCGAAUUUUACAGGAAUUUGUCAGAAUAUAUAAAAGGGUUUGGAGAUAUAAAUGGAGAAUUCUGGCUAGGACUGGGCAAUCUCCAAGAACUGGUAGCACUAGGACCAUCAGAACUUCGAAUUGAUGUUUCGUCCCUGGGUGGGUCUGAAGGUUAUGAGACGUUCCAGGAUUUUUCCAUAUCACCAGGUCCAGGCUACACGCUGAACAUUGCACUGGGAAUUGGAACAAUAGGCGACAGUACUUCACAAGGUCUGUCAUUUAACAACAAUGGGUAUUUCAGUACCUUUGAUCGAGACAUGGACCAGUCUUCUACACACUGUGCUUCGUUCAAUGAAGGGGCGUGGUGGUAUACCAGCUGCAUGUAUGUUCAUCUUAAUGGGCAAUAUUGUACCCCAGGCACAACGAUCUGUGGUUAUCGUGGAAUGAUUUAUUACAGUUUUUUGAAUCUUGAGUCCUUUCUCACAUCUCGUAUGAUGUUUCGAAGGAUAUGAACAUAUAUGUGUGUUGUCAGAAAACAUAUGCAACAUCAAAAUGCAUUGAUGUUUAAAGAAUUGUUAGGUAAUAUUUUAUACAAAAAACAUAGUGUACUGUGCGAAAGCAUUUGGAACUACUUUACCUGUUUUUAUUUUUACUUGAACCGUUGUUUCGGGACGAAGUCUUCAAUACGUUGAUAUACGAGAGGUUUUUCAGUAUUGCAUACGUAGAUGAUAUUCAUGAUUUUAAUAUGUGAUCGUGUCACGGUACAGACCAAUUCUUUUUACAUUACAUUUUCUCUAUAAACAAAAUAUAAUCGUUUGUUUAAAACAAUAAAUGCAAGUAUUCCAAAUUUCAGAAGAUUUAGUAUAGUGAUUAUGCAUGGUAUAAUUCUAUUCAAUUAUUUUAUACAUUUACAUUGCUCUCAAUUUCAGGAUGUAGCAAAAUAAAUUCCAUAUUUUUAUUUAGAUACUUGAAAGAUG